GUCAGCAGUUGCUAGCAUACAGGAGUAAGGUGGAUAAAGGCUCUGCAGAGGAGGAGAAGAUUGACACCAUUCUCAGCAGCUCGGAGGUGGUGGCUUGGAAAUGGACAUGCUAGAGGACCUUGAGUCCCUGCAGUUUGAGUAUGAGAUGGAAGAGGAAGACCGCAACUGGCUGUAUUUGCAGGGUCGUUUUCGGGGGCUGAUGAUCAAGGGCUGUGCACAUGCAACCUUCUUCUGCAAGCUACUUUGUAAGUUGAGACAAUCAUUACAUGAGAAGCAGACUCCCACAGAUCUCGUGACUGGAUCUCUUGAUGACAUUCCUGAUGAUGAUGAUUUAAAGGUGGGCAUCAUUGGAGGCGGCCACCUUGGGAAGCAGCUGGCUCGUGUACUGCUUCAACUUGUCCCCAUUCCUGCUGAGAGGCUGCGGAUCUCCACUAGGAGGCCAGAGACCCUGGACGAGUUGCAGAAACUGGGAGUCCAGUGCUUUUACCAUAACUCAUGUCUGGUGGGCUGGGCCAACGUGAUAUUCCUCUGCUGCCUGCCAUCUCAGCUGCUGAAUAUCUGCUCCGAAAUUCAAACCAGCCUUGGAAAAGCCUGCAUCAUGUACAGCUUUGUAUCUGCUGUCCCAAUACCCAGGUUGAAACUCCUACUGAAACACACCAAUAUCUUGCGGCCUCAGUAUCAGUGUUUUGAAGGUUUUGCCACCAGCUGGGGGGCCAAUAAGGAAGUUAUAGCUGCUCUCCAAGAUCCUAUGAUUCUUCAGGCUACCUGCCCCUUCAAUCCUGCUGGGGGAAUAAUCCUCAAUAUCAAGUGGUUGGAGGGUGUGUUCUAUGCAGCCCUAAACAUCUGCACAGAGAAGGCUGUGCCGCAUUUACUUGCGCUGCAGCUUCUGAAUGAACUCUUCCUCUCCGUGCACUCCGAGGACUGCCAGGAAGAGGGGGCAUCCUGCCCACAGUUUCAGCUGCAAGAUUUUGUCAGCAAAGUCUACGCCGAGAACCUGUCUCGGAAACGGUCUUUCCCUUGGUUUGAGCUGACUGCUGUGCAACUCAGGGAAACGCCCUUUAGCAAGCAUCUCUUAAGCAACACUGCUCUCCGGGACCACCUUAUGCAUCUAUACUGUGAUUCAUUUGGCAUCUCCCUAACCAAAGAACAACAGCCAGUGGUUUUCACGGGCUCUCCAUCCCAAUAAGAGAAGACCUCAGGAAUCAGUGGUUGUACCCUGUUUAUCACAAUGGAUGGUGGGAGUCAUGUGACUGUAUGGUGUUUGCCAAGUGUUAGGCACUAAGAAAUCAGAAAAUUGUAAUGAUGGCUCUUUAAAAUGUAGAACGCCACAAGAGGUCCUUGAUAUUGGUAUAUUUGUGUGUCUGGCUUUUGGAAGCAACCAAAUGAAACUACAUAACCUGACACACGUAAGCAAGCUACUUCCCCAGGAAAGCCUUGUUAAUACAAAUUCCAACUCUUGUAAAAGCUAAAUUCAGGAAGUUAUAAUGUCAUUAUUAGACACUUACAUACUGCAGCCUCUUUUCCUAUAGCAGUAUGUAGCUGACGAUGAUACAGCUUGAUUUUCCUACCAUUUUAGAUAGAGAAAUAAAAUGUGUGGUAAACAAUUUAAUUAUGACUUAUUUUAAGCUUAUUUCAGAUAUUGUUGUUCUGGUAUGAUCUUAUUUAAAGCUCUUUCCAUUUAAAGCAUUCUUAAACCAUAAAAACAUUUUAAAAAGUAGCUGGUAUAUUAAAUGGCUAAAAAUAAUUUUGUAAAAUGUGGAUCUUAUUCCUACAGUGCCAGUGUAUUUUCUUUACGUUUUGCAAAUACUUUGUGUCAGUUAUAUAGAGUAGAAAACAACAGCAGUGACCAUCAAGUGGAGGAAGCGUGACACUGACUGUGCCGUCAUUGAACAGAACCAUUUUGUGCUCAAUGCUCAAGUGCUUUUGAACAAAACUAUUCGCUAUAUAAGUAGACCACCAUAGUCUUAGGUUACUCAUUUACAUUUUUCUUUUUUGCAUAAUUGUGAGCCAGGCAAACUCAAUGGUAUUAAAUGGUUUGAGAUAAAAUUUUGUUAGUCCAAUUUGGGCAAAAAUUAGGUUCAUCAUCAAAUAUUAACAUUCGGUAUGAAUGCUAAUUUGAGGCACUGUUCCUUCUCUCAGUAGAAAAAUAAAAUGUGUUCCUUUGACCAUUCAGGUGUAGGGAAUUGGACAGGGUAUAUCACUGCCCUUUUGGAUUAUGUCUUAUGGUGGUUUUUAGGAUUAAGAAGUGAGAUUGGGAAGAAAAAGAGCAGUUAAAUCUGUAAAACUAGAGAACUAGAGUUAUUCAAGUAACAAGAAGUAUUUUGUAAUUUCUUUUGAGCAGUCCAGUCGUGGGUAGACUUUGGCCUGAAUUUAAU